AUGGUGCACCUCACAGCGAGUCUUCGUCAAUACAUCAUAAUUAUUUCUGUGAAUCUAACCGGCAUCGGUAUGGGUAUGACAUUCUCCUGGACAUCACCAAUGCUGGUGAAACUGAUGAACGAAGACACCCAGUUCUCCAAACGCGUCACAGAAGAGGAAGCGUCGUGGCUAGCAUCUCUUGGAUUCCUGUGUUCUAUAAUUUGUCUUCCAGGGUUUUACUGGCUUGUAGGCUUACUGGGGAGGAAAAAGAUGAUGCUGUAUUUAAGUUUAGCGAGGGCAUGCGUUAACAUGUUGUACAUAUUUGCAAGUGAGAUCUGGACAUUAUUUAUUGUGAGAGCGGCAACUGGUGCUUUGGAGAUCGGCAUUCUUACCAACUUGCCCGCUUAUAAUGCUGAGAUAGCCAGUAAACAAAUCCGUGGAGCCUUAGGCACGAUGGGACAGUUAUCAACCGCCAUAGGAAUGUUAAUAAUGCUGUCAGUAGGACCAUACGCGUCAUAUCAAAUGGUGAAUAUUGUUUACCAGUGCGUGGUAACCAUUGGAUUGAUACCGCUGUUCUUUAUUCCAGAGAGCCCGUUUUGUAUGCUAAGGAAAGGUAGAACAGACGAAGCGCUGAAAAUCCUGACCUAUCUUCGAGGUUCAGAGCUCACAGCGCAAGAGGAAAUGAAACAAAUGACUGCGGUGUACGAUCAGAAAGUUGACAAGCGGAUCCUGUUCAAAGACAUCGUAUUCCUAAAGACGCUUGGCAUCGUUACCAUCCUCAGCACCGGUUAUCAAAUGAUCGGCUACUGUUCCGUGACAUUAUACCUUCAGACCAUUCUAGAGGUCACUGGAACUAGUAUCUCUUCAGAGGUCGUGUCUGUGAUUUUUGGCGUGAUGCAGAUAUUUGCGUGCUUCGUGACUACUCUCUUGAGUGACAGGGCUGGUAGGAAGCCAAUUUUGGUAUCUACUCUUGCUGGCAUGGCUGUUGGAAUGAUUGGGCUCGGCACUUUCUUCUUCAUCAAGGAUUCUGGAAGUGAAAUUGAAGGCUUCUUGAACUAUAUGCCGUUAAUUUCCUUAGUCAUUAUCGUCUUGUGUUUUAAUGCUGGAAUGGGAAGCCUAAGCAUAGUCCUGUCUGCAGAACUGUUUGACAACCCAACAAGAUCCAUCGGAAUUUGCGUAACACUUAGUAUGACAAUGUUAUUCGGUUUCUUAAACCUGAAAUAUUUCCCAAUGAUGACGACGGCUCUUGGUUCCGCGACGGUAUUCUGGUCGUUCGCCGUUAUUUGCGUGUUACUUCUGUUGUUUAUAUCCUUUUGCGUCCCGGAGACGAAACGGAAGACAUUUUUGGAGAUUCAAAAAGCGCUGGGGCGGAAAAAUCUUGGUUAA